AUGAGGAAAGGCCAAGUCUUGGAGGUAUCUAACAUGAGCAUUGAAGAGUUAGGUCUUCACAUGACCCAAGAUAUUCUUCUUGAAGUUGAUGGGAGCUCAGAAGUAAAUGAUGAGCAACCUCUGGAAGAAAAACCUUCAGGAUUAGCAGGACUGGUUAAUUUGGGAAACACCUGCUACAUGAACAGCGCUCUUCAGUGUUUGGCACACACACCUCCCAUACUUGAAUACUUCUUGCGAGUUCACUCUAAAGAUGAGCUUGCUAAGGCGUUUGGUGAGCUCUUGAAGGAGUUAUGCCACUCAGGAAGUAAUGCAGCUGCACCGCGAGUUUUCAAGACAAAACUUAGUUGCUCCACAGUUCAGUGGUUACAUUCAACACGAUUCUCAUCGUAUCGGAGGAAUCAGAUGCAGAAAAAAUCAGGAAAGUUAAAACUUGAAAUGCUUCAUGGAGGGCAAGGAAGAAGCCACUAA